AGUCAACAGGUGGACCGCGGGCCAAAUCCAGACCACCAGAUGCUUUCAAACAGACCCCGAAAUCUUUUUAUUUCCUUACUGACUACCCCUGCCUUAAAGUGUUCACACUAUUCAGGGAGUGGCCUCUUGGAUUUCAGACUGCAAAUGGAAUUACAAAUUUAAAACUAAAAGAAAAGGAGUACUUGUGGCAGCUUAGAGACUAACCACAAGUAAUCCUUUUCUUUUUGCGAAUACAGACUAACACGGCUGCUACUCUGAAAUUUAAAACUGUCUCACAAUCUGUUCAAUGUAUGUUAUUCACUGAAAAAAAUAGAGCUGGUUGAACUUUUCCCCCACAAAACAGUUCUCCAUUGAAAAAUGCAGUUUGGUCUAAAAAGAUUUUGGGGAAACGUGUACAUUUUCAACAGCAAAGUGUCAAAUUAUUUUGGCUUUCUUGAUUUGAUGUCAAAACAUUUUGCUUCAGUGAGAUCACACAACAGGAUUUAUGCCUAACUGCAGGGACACAGCAAUGAUACCUCCUUCUGUGCUGCUGGAUGGAGGAGAAGAAGUGGAGUGCUGUAUUUUAAGAUUUCCAGAUCUGGACUUGAAAGAUCCUCUUCCUUUGACAGCGAAAAGCAAACUCAAAGCAGAAUCAGAUAGCAGUGUGAGAAAGAAGUAUGCAUUUGCAAAGAAGAAGGCAUUUGCCCUCUUUGUCAAAGCAAAGGAACUGCCGGCAACAGCUAGCUGCCCUCCAGCCAUGUGCAGAGCAGGACUGGGGUGGAAAUGCUGCAGACAAACCUUUAAAGACCUCACCAGCGUUCACAUACAUGUCGCCACGCAGCAUUCCAGCGACAUCCAGCAGCAGACAGGUUUGAUUCUAAAGCAGUUGGCUGCUGAAGCCAGCACCUCAAGUAACCCAGCUUCUGCAGAUGAGACAGAUAGGCUAAGCGGUCCCACCUGUAACAGCCAGGAGCUCUCUGAUAGGCUCCCAGACACAAGCCACAUUAGUUUUGAUGAACUGACAAGCGGCGUGGGAGGAGUGCUGUUAUAUUACUGUUACUGUGAGGUGGAAGACCCAGGGGGGCUCUGUGCUUGGCAGAAGUCCCUGUGCCAGCACCUUAAUCUCACUGGCAAGGUGCGCAUUGCUUCAGAAGGCAUUAAUGGGACAGUUGGUGGAAGCAAAGUAGCUACCAAUCUUUAUAUAGAGGCAAUGCUUUCCCAUCCUCUUUUCAAAAACAUUUUGUGCAGAGAGGAUUUCAAGAGCAGUGCUGGAGGAGCUCACUGUUUCCCAGACUUUCGAGUUGGCGUAUUUGAAGAGAUCGUACCCAUGGGCAUCAAUCCAAACAAAGUCUCCUACAAAGAAACCGGAAUCCAUUUAUCCCCCGAGGAAUUUCAUAAAGAAGUAGAAAAAUAUUUAUCUCAGGCUCCUCAAGCACAAAGCGACACCAUUUUACUGGACUGCAGGAACUUUUAUGAAAGUAAAAUAGGUCAUUUCCAGGGCUGCCUGGCUCCAGACAUUAGGAAGUUCAGCUACUUUCCCAGCUACAUAGAUGAAAAUUUAGAGCUUUUUAAAAACAAGCGCGUGUUGAUGUACUGUACAGGAGGGAUCCGCUGUGAGCGUGGCUCCGCCUACCUCAGGAGCAAGGCUGUAUGCAGGGAGGUUUACCAGCUCAAGGGCGGCAUCCACAAGUACCUGGAGGAGUUUCCCGAUGGGUUCUACCGGGGGAAGCUGUUUGUGUUUGACGAACGUUACACCAUCUCUUCCAAUGAAGAUGUCAUUGCAGAAUGCAGGUACUGCGGGACGCUCUGGGAUCAGUACAAAUUGUGCUCCAGCCUGCACUGCCGGCAGCUUGUCCUGACCUGCCCAAGCUGUCGAGUGAAGGGAUUCACGGCUUGCUGUCCCGUUUGUCAGGAGAAAGGACUCAAGCUGUCUUCAAACCCUUCUGGAUGGAUGGUCAAGGAGGAAUGUGAAUGCACGGACAGACGGCAGCGGGUCCCAGUCAAACACAUGUAAGAGAAGCACAGGAAAACAUGAGACACUCCAUAAUAUACACUCGCGUUCUAGGGUAUGGGGCUUCCAAAUUUGGGUGCCUGCUUCCCAGUUAUUUUCAUUGGAUUUGUACAUUGAGACCCCUGAAGUGGCUUUGAAACGCUCAGCCCCAGUGUCUCUUUAGCGCUUGAUUGCACCAUGAACUACCCCCUGGCCAAGUAUAAAUUAAUGGAGCGUCAAACAGCAGUGGUGCUACAGGAUUCCUGCCGCUGCACUGAAGUUACUGCUCUGCCUCCCACAAUGUGAUGGGCGCCAGGGAGAACUUUAUGAGUACAGUACAUGCCGUGGGAUUCAGCCACUCACAACCAAACAGGAGCCAGAAGGUGAAGGAACAAGCAAGGUCUAUGCUGUCUUUGCCACCAUCACUGAGCCAUGUGUGUGUCCUGGGCCCUCCCCCCACACUCUGCACGGAUUAGGGAGAUGGAAGCAACAGGCUUUUAAUCACUGGGAACACAAACAGACUGUGGUUGAGGCUAUUUUCCACAUAAACACCAGCAGCCUGAGUCUUCUCUCCCUUACACCAGUGUAAGUCAGGCUAGCUACACAAGUCCCUGGGUUUACACUAGCAGCCAGCAGGUGUGAGACUAGAACCUGGACCCACGACUUCAUCCCAGCGAAAGCUGGCGACACUCAAUGGCCAUGUACAACCUCAGUCAAGUUCAUCUGGCGGGGCAUGUUGUGUGGGAAGAGGGAGAUGUAUAACCCACUCACUGCCCCUCUCUCGUGGCAGUCAGUGCCCAGGUGUUACCAUGCAGAAGGGAAUUCAUGUGACUGAGUUUUUAAAUGUUCAAGAUACAGCCCUUAGCCCAGGACUUGCAUUGUGCUAUGUGUGCUGCAGAACACCGGCGGGGUUCUGAAAUGCAUUGAAAUGCAGCCAUUUGCUGAGGAAAGCACGGGACAUGAUGUAAAUAUUAAUGAGCAUCAUUGGAGUAGGAGUGGUGAUGUGUGGAGUCCCCGCGUGAUUGCACACAAUGGACACAUGAGAUCCAUGUAAUGCAUCUCCACGGACCCAGAGUGGUACUGUUACACUUACCGGCAUGGACCUGUGUCGCUCUGCUGCUGUGGGAUGUCAGACUUGACUCUCAGCCCUUGUUAAAGGCAUAAGAGGCCUUCAGGAACCUACGGAACUAGAACUGGAAUUUGUCCCAUCACUUGAUGCCCUGACUAAAGUCACUGGGCCAGGGCCAGGCUCACCAGAUGGCCUUCUCUUGAGCCAGGCUUGUCAAGCACUGACAAUGCCAAGUUUGUAAAGAGAUUUUAUUAAUCGUUUGGAAGACUUGUCACUAGUGAAGAAAAUCCCCUUUGAAAUAUAUCCCCCCGUCCGUACUAAUGACCAGUAAAGUCACUUAGUGCUA